GAUUCCUCAUGUCCGUAACAUGUUGGUUGAGGCUCUGCAGCUCACCCCCACUCGCAGAGUGGCCAGUCUCCAUUAAUUGGACCCCGUGAUUUCCACGCUGCUGUGUUGGACGUCAUGAGCAUUGCAAUCCCACUGGGAGUCACCACACCAGAUACAUCCUACUCAGAUAUGGCUGCUGGAUCAGAAAAGGAAGUGGAAGCCCCCUACCUUUCAAGACGAAGUGGCACUACACCAGGAUGUGAAAGUCCAGCGAAAGAGACCCAAGGGGCCUAGGGGGCACAUCCCCCUCCGCCCCCAGAAGCCAAGUCUAUUCCAGGCAGUACCAGGGAUUAGGGUCUGGGCUGGAAAAAUCCUGGUGUUUUGAAUAUGUUCAGGUCCAGUUCAGACUCUUGAUCCCACAACCACUUCUUGAGUGAGGGUAUCCUGUCUUGGUAGUGAAUGGAAGAGGGACUGGUCCCUGGGGCAGUGCAGAAGGCACUUUCAUCAUCUCACUCACUGCAAAUGUCAUGUGAGGUUUCAUGGAAGUAUUAAGAGAUCCAAUUAAGAAGAAUAGUUCUGAGUCUAAACCAGCCCAGAGUGGCUUCUCUAGGGGAAACUCCCUGCUCAGCUGCCCUGAAUCUGUGGAGGCUAGUCCAGCAGUUAAUGAGAAGAGCGUGUAUUCCACUCAUAAUUAUGGGACCACUCAGAGGCAUGGGUGUCGAGGACUGCCUUAUGCUGAUCAUAAUUACGGAGCCCCUCCUCCUCCGACACCUCCUGCUUCUCCCCCUGUCCAGACGAUCAUCCCUCGUUCUGACCUGAAUGGCCUGCCGUCACCCGUAGAGGAACGCUGUGGAGACAGCCCGAAUUCGGAAGGAGAGACUGUUCCUACCUGGUGUCCUUGUGGUCUUUCUCAGGAUGGCUUUCUUCUCAACUGUGACAAGUGCAGGGGAAUGAGCAGGGGGAAGGUUAUUAGACUUCAUCGGCGGAAGCAGGACAACAUAUCAGGUGGGGAUAGCAGUGCAACAGAAAGCUGGGAUGAGGAGCUUUCUCCUUCUACUGUGUUGUAUACAGCAACACAGCACACACCUACAAGCAUCACCUUAACUGUUAGAAGAACCAAACCUAAGAAGCGGAAAAAGAGUCCAGAAAAGGGUCGUGCAACACCAAAGACGAAGAAAAUCAAGGCAUUUCGAGAGGGAUCCCGGAAGUCCUUGCGGAUGAAGAAUUCUCCUUCUGAAGCACAAAAUUUAGAUGAGAAUACAACUGAAGGAUGGGAAAAUCGGAUAAGACUAUGGACUGAUCAGUAUGAAGAAGCUUUUGCUAAUCAGUACAGUGCAGAUGUACAGAACGCCCUUGAACAAUACCUUCAUUCAAGCAAGGAAUUUGUGGGCAAACCUGCUCUUUUAGACACUAUUAAUAAGACCGAGCUGGCCUGUAAUAAUACAGUCAUUGGUUCCCAAAUGCAGCUACAGUUGGGAAGAGUCACUCGUGUUCAAAAGCACCGGAAGAUCUUGAGGGCUGCGAGAGAUUUGGCUUUGGAUACUCUUAUAAUAGAGUAUCGAGGGAAAGUCAUGUUACGACAGCAAUUUGAGGUCAAUGGGCAUUUCUUCAAAAAACCAUACCCUUUUGUGCUCUUCUACUCCAAAUUCAAUGGUGUAGAGAUGUGUGUGGAUGCACGUACAUUCGGUAAUGAUGCUCGGUUCAUCAGAAGAUCAUGUACUCCAAAUGCAGAGGUGCGACACAUGAUUGCAGAUGGAAUGAUUCAUCUUUGUAUCUAUGCUGUGUCUGCCAUCACCAAGGAUGCCGAAGUCACCAUAGCAUUUGAUUAUGAAUACAGUAACUGCAGUAAUUAUAAAGUGGACUGUGCAUGUCACAAGGGGAACCGGAAUUGCCCUAUACAGAAAAGGAAUCCCAAUGCUGCAGAAGCACCACUCCCACCUCCUCCAAGCCUGCCCAUCAUCGGUGCAGAGACCAGACGUCGAAAAGCACGACGGAAAGAGUUAGAGAUGGAGCAGCAGAGCGAGGCUCCAGAAGAGGGUAGCAACCAACAGCCAGAACAAGUUGCUGAAAAAGUAACUGUGUCCAGUGACAAUGAGGAAAUAGACAAUCCUGAAGAAAAAGCAGAAGAGAAAGAAGAGGUUACAGAUGACCAGGAGAAUCCAGCUCAGAGCAGAAAGACCAGGGAAGAUAGGAAGGUCGAAGGCAUCACUUUGGAAAGCCUGGAAAAAAGAAGGAAGCGGCGGGAUCAGCCUUUGGAACAAAGCAGCUCUGACAUAGACAUUACUCCCACCACCUCAGAGACUCCUGUGGAAGAGGAGACCAAACCUGAGGCCCCUGAACUGGAAGCUAUCAACCCUGUUCCAAGCAUUUCCAUCCCAAGUACCCCGCAGAGCAUUGGAGUCAACACCCGGAGGUCUUCCCAAGCAGGGGACAUUGCUGCAGAAAAGACAGCCCCCAAACCAGCUCCAGCCAAGCCUUCUAGACCCAGACCGAAGAGUCGCAUUUCUCGGUACCGGACCAGUUCAGCCCAAAGACUAAAGCGUCAGAAGCAGGCCAUUGCACAGCAGGCAGAGAUAUCACAAGCAGCCUUGGAGGAGGGUGGAAACAACAACUCCAUCACUCCUGUUGAAGCUGGCAAUGCAGACAGUUCAGGAGAAAACAGGCAGAUAGCAGGGUCUGACCCAACUGUGAUAUCACUUGCUGGAUCCCAUGUCAACCGUACUGCAUCUAAAUACCCCAAAACCAAAAAGUAUCUAGUUACAGAAUGGUUGAAUGACAAAGCUGAGAAGCAAGACUGCCCCGUUGAGUGCCCUUUACGUAUCACCACGGACCCCACUGUCCUGGCGACGACCCUAAACAUGUUACCUGGUCUUAUCCAUUCCCCGUUAAUUUGCACCACCCCCAAACACUACAUUCGCUUUGGCUCUCCAUUUAUCCCCGAGAGGCGUCGAAGACCCCUUCUGCCCGACGGCACAUUCAGCUCCUGUAAAAAGCGUUGGAUAAAACAGGCCUUGGAAGAAGGUAUGACUCAAACAUCCUCUGCACCCCAAGAGACUAGAGCUCAGCAAUUAUACCAAAGUAAUGAGAAUAGCAACACUUUUAGCAUCUGCAAAGACACUGCAGACCUGUUGAGCCCACUAAAGAAAUGGAAGUCUCGCUAUCUGAUGGAGCAGAAUGUCACCAAGUUACUGCGACCUCUUUCUCCAGUCACACCACCCCCUCCCAAUCCAGACUCAAAGAGCCCCCAGCUGACCACACCUGCCUCGUUGCACGCAGGAGAAGAGGAGUGUCGAAAUGGAUACGGCCUCAUGUUCUCACCAGUCGCAUCUCUUACUGCUAGUCGCUGCAACACUCCUCUGCAGUUUGAGAACAUAUCCUCCCCUGAGAGUUCCCCUGCGAGUAGGCCCGAGUCCCUGUCACCCGAGCUUUGUCACCGAAAAGACCUGGAUUUGACAAAAGUAGGCUACCUUGACUCCAACACUAACAGCUGCGCUGACAGACCUUCCCUGAUCACUUCAGGCCAUUCAGACCUGGCUCCUCAUCCCUCUAUCGGGCUGACCUCUGAGACUGGCUUUCCAAGCAGGAGUGGAGAUGGACAUCAGACCCUUGGGAGAAGCUCGGACCAGGCAUUUCGGACCGAAUUUAACUUAAUGUAUGCCUACUCCCCGUUGAACGCUAUGCCUCGAGCAGAUGGCUUGUAUCGAGGCUCUCCUCUGGUAGGAGACAGGAAGCCUUUACAUUUGGACGGAGGCUAUUGUUCCCCCGCAGAAGCAUUUCCCAGCAGAUAUGAACAUGGUUUUAUGAAAGACCUCUCUCGUGGAUCCAUGUCACCUGGUGGUGAAAGGGCUUGUGAAGGAGUCCCUUCUGUCCCCCAGAAUCCCCCACAAAGGAAAAAGGUGUCCCUACUGGAAUACCGUAAACGAAAACAAGAAGCCAAGGAGAACUCCAGUGGUGGGGGAAGUGACUCUGCACAGAGCAAGAACAAAUCUGUAGGAGCUGGGCAAGGCAACAGUAACUCCCUUUCUGACACUGGUGCCCACGGUGUGCAGGGAUCCUCAACCCGAACCCCAUCUUCCCCUCACAAAAAGUUCUCCCCAACUCAUUCCUCUCUGUCCCAUUUGGAGGCGGUAAGCCCAUCAGAUUCCAGAGGCGCUUCAUCUCACUGCAGACCUCAAGAGAGUAUUAGCAGUAGGUGGAUGGUUCCCACUUCAGUAGAACGACUCCGAGAAGGAGGGAGUAUCCCCAAGGUCCUCCGAAGCAGUGUGAGGGUGGCCCAGAAAGGAGAGCCUUCUCCCACGUGGGAAAGUAGCUCCACCGAGAAAGACUCAGAUCCUGUGGAUGGAGAAGGCCCAGAGACUCUGAGCUCAACGCUUUCUAAAGGAGCAGCUGUUUACAGUCCUUCCAGAUACAGCUACCAGCUCCUGCAGUGUGAUAGUCCUCGCACAGAGUCACACAGCCUCCUUCAGCAGAGCUCCUCCCCCUUCCGAGGACAUCCCACCCAGUCUCCAGGAUACAGUUACCGAACUGCUGCACUGAGGCCUGGAAACCCCCCCUCUCACAGUUCUUCAGAAUCCUCCCUCUCUUCUGCGUCCUAUUCCAGCCCUGCCCACCCAGUGUCCACAGACUCAGCGGCCCCCUUCACAGGGACCCCAGGGUAUUACAGCAGCCAGCCACAUUCUGGAAAUGGCACCAGCAGCAAUCCCCCACGGAGGAGCUGCCCUUCUAGUGCUGCUAGCCCUACCCCACAGGGCCCCUCGGACUCCCCCACCUCAGACUCAGUUUCCCAGUCCAGCACAGGAACUCUGAGUUCCUCCUCCUUGCCUCAGAACUCUAGGUCGUCAUUGCCAUCAGACUUGCGGACUAUCAGUCUGCCCAGCGCAGGGCAGUCAGCUGCCUACCAGGCCUCCAGGGUAUCUGCGAUGUCCGGUUCCCAGCACUACCCACACCGUGGCAGCGGGAGUGUGCACCGGUACAGACUCCAGCCGCUGCAGGGGUCGGGAGUCAAGACUCAGACAGGACUUUCCUAGGGCUUCUGGAUGUGGGCGAACAGAACUGAAUGAGCCCAUAGCUGCUUCCUUCCAGCUGCCUCUGGAACCCAGGCCGAGCAUAUUGUGCUGGGGAGAGGUUACAAAGUGCCAGAGGAUCGGGUCUGGUCAGUAAGACACGAGACUUGUGGUCAUGACUCACUCUGGCCUUGGAGAAAGAUGUAAAUCUUGUCUGAAGCAGAGACUAUAAAGAAGUUUCUCCCUGCUGUUAAGGGUACAUUGUUGACAAGCAAAUGGUGUUUCGGUUAGUAACGGUUCUAAGUGCAAUGAGUUGUGUUGAAGCCUCCGUCUCCCAUCCUUGCCUGUAGCCUUGUAGUCACUUGUGCAGUGAAGACAUCUUUUUAAAUAAAUUUUUUUAAGUUUUCUUUACAAAAGGAGAAAAAAAAAAAAAAAGCAAAGAGAGCCAAUCUCAAAGCCCCAAGCCAUCUGAGUAAUGUUAGGGUUUGUGCACUUAAGGAAAAAAAGGUAGGUAUUUAAUGUUCACCCUGAGACAACCAUUCCAAAAGCAGACAUCUGGCCAGGAUGUGUCCACUAAGAACAAGCCCUUCCUUUGUCUGAAAAUCACCAAGAAAAGGGCAGGUAUAGAGACACUUGGAAUGUGCUCCAAGGGGUGCCUGGCUCCAAAGAAGAGCUCUCGGUCAACUUGAUUUUUUUUUUCCAGGAGCGGGUUAUCUUAGUAGAUCCUCUGAACCAGUCUACUCUCCUCCCCAAGCUGUUCCCCAGCUCAGUCACCUGUGAAGUAAACGGCUAAAGAAACGAGGCAGAAUGAGAUGGGCUGGCAGUGUGGCUGCUUUUCAGCUUGGGCAAUAAAUGUGCUUGGGGAAAUGUUUGAAUCUUAUUUUUCUACUCCCAUUUAAUCAGUAGUUGACGGUCCCAUGAGUAGGACGGCCUCCAUGAUUGGGGAGCGUGCACUCGUGACUGCAGGGUAAGAGUGGAAAGAGGUGCGUGUGGAGUGGCGCCGACAGGACUGUGAUUGUGUGUGGGCCUGUCCCACGUGUCUUUGGGGGAUGCCUAUCUGAGAGUGGCCCAGGGGAGAGAGUUCCAGAGCCACCCACACACCUGACACUGUUCUGGAUGAGACAAGAGCUGCCUGGCUUCUCCCCCUCAGUGCAUUGUGCCUGCUGUACACCCCUGGGGGCGCCCUGGGGCCAGCCCAGGUGGGGUACACAAUCUUUUUAAAUUCCAUAUGGUUGCCAGCUUCUUUCUUUCACUUGUUUACUGUAAUAUCCGGCGUGUUUUUAUUUAUCUAAUUUUAUAUUCAGUUAUAACCAUGGUAGGGUAGCAAAUAGAUGACAGGUGUAAUCCCUGGUGCUGCAGUGGACCUUACUUCUUUUCUUUUGGACAAGAUAAUACUGUGAGUCUCCUUUCCUCUCCUUUCCUCUCCUCUCCUCUCCUCUCCUCUCUCCCUCACUCCUUCUAACUGUUCUCUCCUUUUUCCCCCUCCCCUUCCCAGCCUCAUUCUCUCCUACUGUACCCUGUCCUCAUAACUAUCAUAUACACAGUCUUCUCUCUUUGUGUGUGACUGUUACAAAAGCUCACUUUCAAAACUGAAAUCAGGUGUGUGUUCAAAUGAGGGGAGUUAGUUUUGUUUGUGUUUUUUUUUUUUUUUCGGGUAUUUUUUUGUUUUUGUUUUGGUAAAUGCUAAAUCCUUAGCAAAAUAAUUUCUUUUUAUUGUUUUCCCCACAAACCCAUCAGUCUGGGAGAGCGCUGGGAGUGGAGAUCAUGUUGCCUGGGAUGCUGGUUUCUUUGUAUAUUAUAUAAACGUAUGUAAAUGUCUCUCCAUUUGGGCUGGGGUUUGCAUUCUCCCCUUGGCUGUUAACCAAGGGGAGAGGCCAGCGGGCAGGCGGCCCUCACCCUGCCUGGCACGUGCAGAGACCCCAGCCACUCUGUGUGGGCAGGGUGCUGUUAAGACCAGACCUCGGGGGGGGGGGGGGUUGGGGGGCUCUUGGAAGGGAAGAAGUAUCACUUCUUUCUCAAGUGGAGUGUUUACACCUUGCUGUAACAUUUGAACUUUCACAAGAGAUGUAAUAAUUUUGAUAAUAAAAUUCUUAACCGUAA